AAACACAUGACGUCAUGAACGCGGAAACGCGCUGGAUGUCACGUGAGGUCACAUGGGGAAGCACAACAUUUCUAAUGUAAAUAAAACAUGAUCCACAUCUACCUUGCGUGUCUUUUUUUAUUUGUCAAUGCCGUGUUUUCUGGCCAUAUCGGAACAAAAAUAAAAACGAAUGACAGACCAAUAAUCGGUGUUCUUGCGCAGGAUGUGUUUCUCCCGCAGCCUCACAGAAACUCUUACAUCGCGGCGUCUUACGUCAAGUUUCAGGAGUCUGCCGGCGCUCGUGUGGUUCCGCUGAUGAUCAAUAAGACUGAUGAUGAAUACACAAGGCUGUUUAAAUCCAUUAACGGAGUUCUUUUCCCCGGAGGCGGAGCAAGUUUAAAAUCAUCUGGCUAUUCCAAAGCAGCGGCCAUUUUCUACAGACUCGCUCUUGAGGCCAAUUCAAAUGGCGAUUAUUUCCCUGUAUGGGGAACUUGUUUAGGAUUUGAACUGCUCACACUGCUAACAAGUGGGAAGUUGCUGUUGUCCCACACCAACACUAGUGGUAUCGCCUUGCCACUGAACUUCACAGACGAUGUCAGAGACAGUAGACUGUUCAAAGACUUUCCUGAGGAUCUCAUGGAAUCACUGGCAUCAGAUCCGCUCACAGAGAACUCUCAUCAGUGGAGUGUUACUACAGAGAACUUUACCAAGAGUAAAAAACUGAAAAACUUCUACAGAGUUUUGAGUACCAACACAGAUGGACAAAAUGAGUUUGUGUCCACAAUGGAAGCAUAUGAUUUUCCCAUCUAUGCCACUCAAUGGCACCCAGAAAAGAAUGCUUUCGAGUGGACGCGGCCCUACAUUCCCCACACGCCUUCAGCCGUUAAGACCACCUUCUACACGGCUUCCUUUUUUGUGAAUGAAGCGAGGAAGAGUUUUCACAGCUUUGCCAGUGUGGAGGAAGAGGAGAAAGCCUUGAUCUACAACUACAAACCUGAAUACACUGGAACCCAAAGUGUCUUUGAACAGAUCUAUUAUUUUGAUUAGUGUUUUAUUAUGUUGAAAUCGUGUAAACAAACACGUACGUAUACAAAAAUCAUGUGGAAUCUUUAGUGUUAAUAAAACAUGUGCUUUGGAUGAA